CAGAAACAUGGAUCUUAUCAGCAAACCAAGGAGCAAGUCUAUAGUGUGGCUGUAUUUUGGCUUGAAAGCAGAUGAAAAGGGACAGCCUUUGAACUCUGGCGAGGCCGUUUGUCGUUUAUGCCGAAAAAUAGUGCUUGCAAAAGGCGGAAAUACCACGAAUUUAAGAAGUCAUCUGAGACGAAGACAUCGUGCAGAUUUUUUCGAGACCACUUCCUCCGCGACCUCUGGAGCUUUGUUUGAGGCACCAGGUUUGGAUCUCAACCAUGAUGAAUUCUUUGAGGAUGUUCCGUUUCUCCAGAAUGCUUCAAAUCAGAACUAUGUCCCAGAUGCCGUGCUGCCGCCUGGGGAGCCGUGGCUCCAUGGCGGCCCCUCCCGAGCAGUGCUGUCCCUGCCUUCCUGCCUGUGCCUGUGUGAGGACGCUGGGUCUGGGAUGCCUGGUCCUGGAUCUUCUAGCGAGGAGCCUAUAAAAGAGAUGAAGGUGUACGCCAAAUGUCACCUUCAGCAAGGCGUCAUGUUUGGACCCUUUGUCGGAGAAGUGUGCAAGGGACAAAUGCCAGCCAGCUUCAAAUAUGCCUGGGCUAUUAGGGAUGAUGCUUCUUUCAUCUACGUCGAUGCUUCUGAUGAAAACAAAUCCAACUGGAUGAGGUAUGUAACAUAUACGAGCAGCGAGGAGGAACACAAUCUGGUUGUCUUCCAGUUUUACCGUCACAUCUACUACAGAGUUUCCCAGCCUGUCACGGAGGGAGCAGAGCUCAGGGUCUGGAUUGGCAAGGAUUAUGCCUCCCUGCUGGGUCUGGGGAUGGGCGACAAUGUGAAAUGUGAGGUUGGAGACAAGGAGACAGCUCUGCGCCUCCUGCAGGACAUCCAAUUAGUCACCCUUCCAGAGCCCAGCAGCACUUCCCUUUGGUCAGAUCACAGUCAAUCACAGAGCCCCAUGCCUGUCAUCAGUGAUGUGACGACAGUGUCAAACCCGGACACAGCUAAUGAGCCAGGCGGGAGUUCUGGCUCUGCCUUCCCCUCCACCUCCGUGGUCCCCUUCCCGUCACCUGGCUCUCAUUUGAUGGAAAAGUAUGAUUUCAUGCCUGGAACUGAGAAACUGCUGAGUAAUCCGAACGCCACGCAAAACAGCCCGUGGUACUUUUUUGGGUUCGAGCCAGACCCAACCGGCCGGCCUCUGGACCGGAGCUCUGCGGUUUGUAAGCUAUGUGUGGAGCAUGUGGGCUGUGCUGGGGGAGCAGCAGACCUCCAAAACCACCUGACCAACAAGCACCACAUCAGACCACGUGACAGUAACAAGGAUCGGAGUCUUCUGAUAAUAGGUCAACAGCGCUGUCAGCCAAUGAUGGGUAACAGCGGUCUGGUCAGCGCAUUCCCCCUGGUUUUGGCUUCUCAGGUGACCGAUGCCAUCGCCAACUUUCUUGUCAUGGAUCUCCAGCCUCCAGCCUUGGUAGACGGGGAAGGUUUCAGACAGCUGAUCCACACCCUCCUCCCCUCCUGCAAGGAGCUCCCGUCACCUUGUCAGCUGGAGAACCUCCUGAAAGAACACCACACCAAAAGCAAGGCGAGCCUGGCUCAGCUGCUCAGGAGGAAAACAGGAAGUGGAGAAAAUGAGGAGAUAUCUGACUACACUGCUCCCAUUGAGUUUGAGCCCCGGAGACGCGGGCGACCUCCCAGCCAUGGAAGGGAAGUUCCUUACUUUGUCACUUUAAGUGUGGAUGUUUGGUCCCACAGCUGGCAGGGCAACAUCGAGAGGUACCUCACCCUCUGGGCACACUACAUAGACUCUAAUUUCAGUUUUCAAAACUUGGCCCUGGCAACCCAAAGACUGACAGAGAGUGGGGUGACAGACUACACGCUUCGAGCUAUGGAGACUCAAGUGAAAGCGAUGGCACAGGAGUGGGGAAUCUUCCAGCCCAAUCUGGUCCUGCUGGGAGGGGAGGGAAGGAAUAAGAUGAUGUUGAGGCCAAUAAAAAGUGAGAAAGGUAGAGAGGCUGCGGGAAGCAUCCCUCACCCAAACUCAACAACAUUUCUGGAGAGGGAUGACUCUGUGUCACCCGAGGAACCACAUGGCUCUGAGCACAGCCAUUCACGUGAGGGACUACCCUCUGUCCCAUGUUUUUUCAGUGCUGUACAGGACUGCAUUGAGGAAGUGAUGUCACAUCCUGUUAUCUCCAAGACCCUCUGCCAAUUCCAGGGUAUUUUCUCAACCCUGUUCCUGCCACCUGCUCAGAACAUAAGCUCAUAUCAGCAUCACGUCCAGAGUCUGCUGCAGACCCUUACGAAACAAGACCAGGCGGAUCUGAAGUCAUGGGCUCAUAGUCGGCCAGCGUGGAAUAAGCUGUACCCUCUACUGAGCUUGCUCAUCAAACAUAAAAGCCUCGUCUGUGAUAUAGUAAAAGAGGUCAAAGGGGAGGGCUUGUCUAAAGAUGAAACUGCUCCAGAAACCAGUUCAUCUGGCAGCUGCCACGCAAACUCGACUUCCAGCACGUCCUCAGCAAACGUCACGAUGCGUUCUGAGUGGAAGGCCAUUGAGGACCUGUGUCUGGUCCUCAAACCUCUGGACGUGGCAUGUCGAACCCUCGCCAAGGAGGUCUUCCCCCGUCUGUCCCUCAUCAAACCCAUUCUCAUCGGCCUGCUCUCCCGCCACCUCGUGUCCCGGCCGGCAGAUUCGUCAUCCAUCGUAAAAGAGGUGAAGAGGAUGAUGAGGCGGAACUUGGCCAGCUGUUACAAUAACCCUGUCGUCAACAGGGCUCUGUGUGUGGCAUGUUCCCUCGACCCCCAGUUCCAUGGGCUCGGGUUCAUGGAGGAGAAGGAGCAGACGGCCACUUUUGAUUGGCUAAAGAAAGAAGCCAUCAGGAUUGUGAAGGAGGACAGGAGAAGGAGCCAAGGUAAGAAGCAGAGCCAGAUUAAGAGAAGCCCUUCCCCUGGGUCACCAGAGUCCGAGAGUGACUUCCUGCGGAGGAGCAAACGCCUCAGAGAAUCCCGCCCUAUAAACUUUAGAGAGGUCAUAGAUGAAGAUGAAGAGAGUGACGUAGGAGAGACCGAUGAGAACGAGCCAGCAGAACCAGGCUCUCAGGGCGGGCUCUCUGGUAUGGAGUUCCUGCUGGGAGACCUGUUCUGCUCUGCUCCCCAGAGCAGGCAGAGCUCUGUGGAAGAGUCUAUAGACAUGGAGAUGUCUGUCUUCAGAGCCGACAAGGGGGCCUCUCUGGGAGUGGAGCCUCUGCAGUGGUGGAGGACGAAGGCAGUACAGUUUCCGCUCUUGGCCACAGUGGCCCGGGCCUACCUGGCUGCACCUGCCGUAGCAGGUAACGCUGCACAGGCCUUUGUGCAGGAAGGAGCAGGAGCUACGUACAGGAAAAGAGCUAAUAUUCCACCAGAAAGUUUGGACACCAUCUUGUUCCUUCACCACAACCACAUGCUCACCACUGACUCUGGGCAAACAGCAGUUAGGAAUGAUGACAGGAACAGUGUGUUUGAAAAGGUCUCAUAAACACAGACACACACAACAUUCAUUCCUUUUUUCACACACUCUGAGUUUAACACUGUCGGAUACUUGUGUAACACUUACCCUUAUCAAAAUUUCAACUUGAGUUAACAUGGUGGGGAAAAAAAACACAGCACAAUGUCUUCAUCCAGGAUGAAAACAGGAUGCUGAGGUUGGAUGGUCAUAUAAAAGUGUUACAUUAGUGAGAUUGGAGUUUGGGCUUUAUAUUAGAUUUGAACAUCCUUCAAAUAUCUAAAGUUUUAUUGAUACAAAAAUCUUUUUUCAGUCUUAAUUGUUAUUAGGAUCAUUAUGUGCGAGUAAGACUGAUUUGAUGUGGUCAUUUUGGUUUCCUGAUUUUGAGAAUGACAGAAAAAUCUUAAAACAGUGUUACUACUACUGAUUCUACUACUGAUUUACAUUUAACUAUGUAGUGUUGUAGUUUGUAGCACCUCGUGCCUUACCUUGUUUUAAUACUCUCAUGCAGUAGAUUGAAAGAUAUUCCUAUUUUUUUUAUCCUUAAUGCCAAAUUGUAAGAAACAUAAAAUUGAUUAUGAGUGUGUAGACAGUCCUUCAUGAUGGUGUUGUGUAAAACUUCUGUCAUGUGACUUACAACCUGUAUUUUGUGUUAGGAAUCAGUAGUAUGUAGUAGAGUAUGAAUGACAACUCCAAAGACUGAAUAUUAACUCAUUAACCUCAUGCUGCUUUUUCUUCAUGUUACACAAGGAAUUCAGAAAUUGUCAGUGAAUUGACAAUGGAACUUAAAUCAUAAAUCAACUGAUCGCUGAAAACAGUUUGGAGAUGGAACAAAAACUCACUUUAGAACAAAAUAUGCCUCAGUCUCGUUUCAGUAAACACUGUUUAUGCCUUGUUACUGUAGUUUCACACAGUGAAACCUAAAAUGUUUUUUUUUCACACUUUUAUAAUGUACCUUUCAGGAUUACAUAAUAUACUGUCAACACAAUGGAUGAGGCAUAUUAGCACAAUGUCUGUAAUGUUUCAGACUGUGAUGUUCUUCAGUCUUUUGCCUUACUGUAAUGUUAAUCUACCUGUCAUAUACUUUUUACUAUUAAAGUAUUACAUUUGA